AUGCCCAGGAUAGCUGCGGAUGAGCUCACCGAGAGCCGCGUCGCGGCUUUGAUGGAGCAAGCCCAAGCAGCUGUGGAUGCUGGGUGGGUCCCAAGUGAGCACUUGCCAGCGAACAUAUUCAAAUUUUUAGAGCCGCUCACCAUCGCCAGCGGGCAAGGCUUCUACACAACCACAAUGAUGAUCCUUGGCGCUUUGCCCGCGCUUUGCAAUGGGGCCACGAUCCAGUUAUGGCCAGGCCGACCCACACCUUUGAUGGCUAUCGUCCUGCAAGUCGCUGCGGCCCAGAAAGGGAAGAGCCGGUUGACCGCCUUGGUCGAGGAGGCAUUUGACUCCUGUGACGACUACCUUGUCCAGAAAGCCAAGGAAAUGGUCGCGGACUAUCCGGGCGCCUCCCCUGUUGUGAAAACGCUUUCGCUUCAGUCCUUCACCUUCACGGAGUUUUUCCACCGAUGCUCCAGCGAGUGGCAGCAAGUGGAUUGGAACACAGGAGACGAGCGCAACGGACUUCCUCAUCGCAUCUGGCUCAGCUCCGGCUUCUGCUUGGAUGAAGCCUACGAGUUCCUGGAGGGCCUUGGCAUGAUGGGAACAAGCCAGAAAGGCGAGGGAGGGAAGACCGCCAGUCUGAACGCAUCAAGCUUGAAUCGCUUGAUACAGGCUGGCUCUCACAAGCGAGGCACACGCACUGGCACCUCUUCGACCACCAGCAGGCCACCUCCAGUCAACCUCAGCGUCUGUGGCAACCUCCACCCCAGUAAGGCAAUCAGCAUGGAGCGCCAGCUGCAAGGGAACCAUGUUGCUGCUUGCAAAGAGCGGUUCAUCUUUUGCUGCGAUCGUUCCACGCCGCGCCACGCAGAGCUGCCUGCUGAUUACAUCUCCGGCGACUCAGCAUGGACGUGGCUACCGCUCACGCCACAGCAGGCAGUAAUCUUUGAUUGGGAAGCGUAUCUCAACCGGCCAGCUGCCUUCUCGCUUCCAGAAGACCAAGCGCCUUGCAAUGGAUACAUUGGUGCUCCUGAGGGAUACCCGCUGAAGCUGCCAGACGGUGUCCUGAGUCGGGUUCGUUUCCCGUGCUCCGAGCACGGCGUCACCACUGAAUGGAGGAUUUCGGCCCGCUGGUGCCAGCCAAAUCAUAUACCUGCUUUCCAGCAAGGCUUGCAGCGGGCGAUCGAUUUCUUUGGGCGCAAGCCGCAGCUGAUCCUGCCCAUGACUGCUGGUGCGCAGAGACUUCUCCUAGGCAAUCAAGUUGCUCAAAGCGUGAGGGCUUCUGGGCAUGAGGACGACACUGCUUUGUCUGCACUCCACGCAAACGCCGCUUGGCAGCAGGGUGUCUUCGCGGCUCUUGUGGCAGUGCUUGAUAUGUGCUCCAGCAACAGCCCUGUCGUGGACCUGCAAGUGACAGAGAUGCACGUGCGCCUUGCUUGCCGUUUGCUGGAGAUCAAUCUCAACAUUCGGCAAGCUUGGCGAAGCCAGGGUGACCUCUCGCUGCCUGAGGAGAGGGAAGCCACGCAUCUGCACAAUGCUGUCGCAAUGGGGGCCGGGCAGCUUGGACGUGGAGACUUUGCUCCUCCUUUGGGCACCCAGCCAUUUCCUCUUGCCGCAGAGCUCCCAGCAACAAUCCAAGAGGCUGAGCAAGAAGAUCACGAGGCAUCGUACGCGCCUGAUGGUGGAGAUGUUCUGGAGGACACAGAAGCUCUGACGGUGACGCCUCUAACGUUCAAGGAUGUGCUCAGUGAAGACCAUCUCAAAACGAAUGGCUUGGGGCCUGGCGGUGCAAUGCUUUUUCCACAAACCAAGAAGAGUGGCCAGGUGACACAGCUCUUCUUUGACCGGGUCCUCCUCCGCAAAGUCUUGCUCCAUGGAUCCGCGGAGAUCGAACUAAACAAGCUGGUGGACAAAAUGUCCAACAAGAUCGUCACGCCCGCCAAGACCCCAGGAGAACAGAGCAGAACAUCGCGUGUUCGACCGUCUUUGGUGGAGGUGCGCAAAGUCAUCCAAGCUGCCGUGGACACAUAUCCUCGUUUGUUCCGGUGGCUGCCUGACAAACCUGGCCACGUGCAGUGCAGAUCAUGGUCUGCCAGCCAGGUGAACAAAAUCCUCUACCACAACGAAUGCAUGAAGGCAUGCCGCGUCACUCUGAAGGAGGCUGGCCAUAAUCGGGUUGGGGUGGCAUGCAUGCCUUGCUUUGUCUUAAUCGCCGAGCCAUGCGCUUCUCUUUGCUUUUCCUGCUUUCAGGUGAGCCGAGCACGGCUGGUUUAUAUGGACGGGGCUGCGGCCCGCUGCCGCGGGUCCGCGCAGGCCGGGGCCGAGCAGACAGAGCCGCCAGAUGUCGCAGCAACUUGGAUGCAAUCUUGGCAGCUGCUCUUCGCACAUGAAGCAGCUGUCUUCUUUCUUCAGUAUGGCAAAUACAUGUCUGUUUGCCUACAUGCCGGGCAGGGAUGUCUUGCCGAUGUCGCUUCUGACUGCGGUUUUUUGUCUCCUCACCGUCUACCAGGCCGGAGCCCCUCAAGUGCAGCAGGCUGA